CGCGAAAAUCCGGACAGGGCUGGAGCCGGGGAUCGCUCCCCCGUCCCGCCCGGAGCUCCCCGGCCCCGCGGGAUGCGGCCGCGCUUCGCUUUGUCUGCGGCCCCGCGCGGUGCGGGAGCUGCGCGGCAGCGGAAGGACACGUAGAGAAGUUGGGCGGUAGAACGCGACCGACCCGGAGCGAAGAGAGACUGGGGGGCACCGCGCAGGGACCGCGGGGCUCCGCGUUACACCCAGUCACUCCCCGCUGCAAACUUCCCCGGAUCGCCUCCUCCCGAGCACCGCAGAACCACGCACAGAUUUGCCGGGGGACGCCCGCCGCCGCCGCACCAUGUUUCAGCCCGCGCCCAAGCGCUGUUUCACCAUCGAGUCGCUGGUGGCCAAAGACAGCCCCUUGCCCGCGUCUCGCUCCGAGGAUCCCAUCCGCCCGGCGGCUCUCAGCUAUGCCAAUUCCAGCCCGAUGAACCCUUUUCUCAACGGCUUCCACUCCACCGGCAGGGGGGUCUACUCCAACCCGGACUUGGUCUUUGCAGAGGCCGUCUCCCACCCGCCGAACCCGGCCGUGCCCGUGCACCCCGUGCCCCCUCCCCACGCCCUGGCCGCCCAUCCGCUGCCCGCCUCGCACUCCACGCACCCGCUCUUCGCUUCGCAGCAAAGGGAUCCUUCCACCUUCUACCCGUGGCUAAUACACCGCUACCGGUAUCUGGGCCACAGGUUCCAAGGGAACGAGACCAGCCCGGAGAGCUUCCUCCUGCACAACGCGCUGGCCAGGAAACCCAAACGGAUCCGUACAGCUUUCUCCCCGUCCCAAUUACUGAGACUGGAACAUGCCUUUGAGAAGAACCAUUAUGUGGUGGGAGCGGAGAGAAAGCAGCUGGCACACAGCCUCAGCCUCACGGAAACUCAGGUAAAAGUAUGGUUUCAGAACAGAAGGACAAAGUUCAAGCGGCAAAAGUUGGAAGAGGAAGGUUCGGACUCACAACAGAAGAAAAAAGGGACUCAUCACAUUAACCGGUGGAGAAUCGCCACCAAACAAGCCAGUCCAGAAGAAAUCGACGUCACGUCGGACGAUUAAAAACUGGCACUUUGGGACUUUUCAAGCCAGCCAACGCAUCGAGAGAAAGUGUUAAAAGCUCCCGCACCCCGGCGUGGCGGUGCGGGGAAGGGACAAGGAGAGCUUCAUCCAAACGCGAUUCCCGUCUGGAGGGCGGCGGCGAGCGGCGGGGGCAGAGCGCGAGGUGCGGAGCGCGGCGCUGUCGGUGCGGCCCUGGCACGGGGAUCUGCCGGGCAGAGCCCAGCGCCGGGACGUGGAACUGACUGACUGACUGACUGACUGACUGACAGGUAUUCCGUUUCUCGCAGUCCACUUUUAAAAAACAUAACGUCAAAAAAAAAAAAAAAAAAAAAAAAAGGAUUUUUUUUUCCCCCAAAAAUAAUUAAAAAAAAAUCUUAAAAAAAAAUCUUAAAAAUAAAAAAAAAAUAUUCGAAGAAAAAAAUGAUCACCUUACGGGACGUUUUGCACUUCACAGUUUCCUUUUUUCCGUCUUAUAUAUAAAAAGAAACGUUUCCAUAAGCAGCCAAACCCCCCCCCCACACCUGUUUCAGAAACUUGAAUUGCAUGUAUAAAGCCGUGUGGGCAAAAAAAAGAAAGAAAAAAAAAAAAAGAAAAAAAAAAAAGGGAAAAAAAUUACCCCUAAAUUACGUAAGGA